UGAUAGCCUGAAAGACUGUGGAAAAGACAUUCUUUUCCCCCCUACACAACUGAUAGUUCUCAUAUUUGCAUUCCUGCAAUUCUUAUAUUAAAAAAAAAAACAUUGGAUUAGCAGCAAGAGAGUUGAAAAUGGCAGAAGUUGGGAAUGACUGCUAUUUCUUUUAUAACUCUACAUGCUUAAAGGGUUCCCAGUGCCGAUUCCGACACUGUGAAGAGGCCCUUGGCAGUGACACUGUAUGCACGUUAUGGAGAGAGGGGAAAUGUUUAGAUCCACUCUGCAGAUUUAGACACAUGGAAAUGCAGCAAAACUGCAGCAUUUCAUGCUUCUGGGAAACUCAACCUCUUGGCUGUGUGAAGAUCAGUUGUAUCUUCUAUCACAGCAAACCUAGAAACAUCAAUGGAUUAUUUCUGCCACCAAGUAGUA